ACAAGUGCCCCGACCCCAAAACUCUCACGUUGCAACUUUGUGUGCGAAGUGUCUGUGGAAGUGUGUUUGACCCCCCGCGAAUCAACAUGGCAGACUACCGGGACGACACCGGAGCUCGGGCCCUGCUCGCCCUGCAGUCGGCACCGUGCAGCCCCGUCCGAGUAGCGGUCACCUCGCACUCCUUCAACCACCACCAGCCCUCGCUCGCCUUCCUGGGUCCGCCGCUGACAGAAGCCUCCGCCGGGAUGCGCCCCACUCGCCUGGCGUCUCCUCUCCCCCAGGCCCUGGCCAGACUGGAGGGCCGGGACUUUGAGUUUGUCAUGCGCCAGAGGACGGUCACUAUCGGUCGGAACUCGUCCCAUGGCUCCGUGGACAUCAACAUGGGUCACUCGAGCUUCAUCUCGCGGCGGCACCUGCAGCUCGGCUACGACGAGGCCAGCGGCUUCUCGCUGCGGUGCCUGGGCAAGAACGGCGUGUUCGUGGACGGCGUAUUCCAGCGGAGAGGGGCGCCGCCGCUGCCGCUUCCCCGACAGUGCAUGUUCCGCUUUCCCAGCACGGUCAUCAAGAUCCAGUUUGCGUCGCUCAUCCCCCACGAAGAGCAGCGGGAGAAGGAGACGCCCUCGCCGCCCAUGCGCCCACUCGUGCCUCACAUCUCCCCACUCAAGAUCAGCAUUCCAACCGCGCAGCAGCAUGAAGAACACAUCAGGGCGUUCGGUUCACCGCUGCCGUCGCCUACAGGCACCCUCAGCGUUCCCAAUUCGUGCCCGGCGAGCCCUCGCGGCGCCGGGUCGUCGGGCUACCGCUACGGCCGCAACGUGACCAGCGACCUGCAGCUGGCGGCCGAGUACGCCGCCAAGGCCGUGUCGGAGCAGAGGCGGAACGUCGUCGAGCUGCGGGCCGCGGCCGGAGAGCCCCGAGGGGAGUCAGCCGGCGGCGGCGGUGAGGACAGCCCCAAGGAUGAGUCCAAACCUCCGUAUUCGUACGCUCAGCUGAUCGUCCAGGCCAUCUCCUCGGCGCCCGACAAGCAGCUGACGCUCAGCGGCAUCUACGCCCACAUCACCAAACACUACCCCUAUUACCGCACCGCAGACAAGGGCUGGCAGAACUCCAUCCGACACAACCUGUCGUUGAACCGCUACUUCCUGAAAGUGCCGCGUUCGCAGGAGGAGCCGGGAAAGGGCAGCUUCUGGCGCGUGGACUCGGCCUCAGAGAACAAGCUGGUGGAGCAGGCCUUCCGGAAGCGGAGGCAGAGGGGCGUGGCCUGCUUCCGGACACCCUUCGGUCCCCUCUCGUCCCGGAGUGCCCCCGCGUCGCCCACCCACCAGGGACUGCUUUCACCAACGUCCAGCGGGCUGCAGACCCCCGAAUGUCUGAGCAGGGAGGGGUCCCCCAUCCCUCCGGACCACCACGAGCAGCUGGCGCACAAGCUGGCCGCCGUGCCCGAAUAUCGAUACUCGCAGAGCGCGCCAGGGUCUCCGGUCAGCGCUCAACCAGUCAUCAUGGCGGCGCCGCCUCACCCGAGCGGCGCCCUCGGCAAAGCCCUGGCGCUCUUCCCGGGGGGCAGCGGCCAGGUCCACCUUCUCCACAACCCGCCGCCAUCGUCGUCGUCUUCGCUCACCAUGCUGCGCGUGGUCACCACCGGUGCCACUCCCAACGGCUACUGCGCCCCUUCGCUGGCCAACGCGGGGCUGGGUGGCGGCGAGCUCAGAGAGGCGCAGCUGAAGCGAGAGCUGGUGAUCCAGACGGUGGACGGCGGCGCACAGGGGGCGGACUCGCGCAACCUGGACACACGGAACAUGGCGCUGGGGCUGCAUCAACUUCCCGUGCAUCCCGUUACCCACAACGGGAAGCACACCAACGCCGCAUUUGCCACGGCAACCAGCCUCGCUGCUUUUGCUUCAGGUCUAAGCAGUCCUCUCCAGAUUUUGGCAGCUCAGGCCUCCAGCUCUCCUCCGGUUCUGGUGUGUCGUCCGCUUUCCGCCGAGCAACCCAGCGGGGGCAACGAACCUCAGGUCAAGCGGUCCAAGAUGGACGACGGCGAGGGGUCCGCCGCCGUUGCCACCCAGCAGCCUGUUAUCGUCGCUGUGACUCCACAAUGCCAAGAGCCCAGGAAGUGAGCUCUCUCAAAAAAGGGGCCUGAAGGGAAUUUUGUUGUGAAAAAAAUCCAACUUAAAACAAAACAAAAAAUGGAAGCAAACACUACUUUCAGACUUUUUCGUGAACGCAGAAAUGGGAUUACUGGGUCGCCAAGAAGACGAAGACUUUGACGUCUCGGUUGGCUAAAUUAUAGCAAUCAUUUUUAAAAACUAAAGUAAAACAGUGUCUUUGUUUCGGGUUAGCAAAGCCAUUGUUUUAAAUUAGCAGAUGAAAACAAGAAAAAACACGCAAUGUAACCCUUUCAAAACAACAAAAAUGCCUUAAAAAGAUUUCUACACUUUGUCGUUUUUAUAUUAACCUUUAGAGCUUUUUAGAAUGUCAACGCGACAUUAGCUGCGCUAGCCGAGCCACCAUGCUAACGUCGCUCUUAGAAGCUAUUUUUUCUUAAAACAUUUUGUGUAAGAAAAACAACAAAAAACACAUGCGUAAUUAAUACAUUCUAGAAAGAUUACUAUGUAUUUUUUGUAAACGUCCCACAGUUGUGAUUAAGACGAAUGUUGUCGCACAAAAUUAAAGCCACAUUGACUCAAAACACUUUUCUUGUCUUACUG